ACUGUCAAUACUCAAUUUUCAUUUUAGAAAUGUCAACGUAUAAAUAAAUAUUGUGCUUAUGUUUGUUGAUAUUAGUUAAUUUCAAUUUAACCUGAAAUCUUUGAAAUUUUAUUGUAUCCAGAUAAAUAUAACACGAGCAAUGGGAAGCGAAGAGAAGUCUUUUACUGUAUUUAAGUGCACUACACCGGUAUCAGUCCCGAUAGAUACUAAGGGCUCAAAUCAUAUUCAAAUUACCAAAGAAGACGAAGUUAAGAAAGUUGCGACUGACGAUUCUCUCACCUCUGUUGAUGGAAAAUCCUUUAUGAGACAUGUGAAUGUGAAUAUGUAUGCGCCGGAUGUAGGGCCUAAAUUUUAUCCAGUCAAAGGCAAUAUAGUCACUGCUCCAAUAAUUACUAAGAAUCUUCCAGAAGUUUUUAGUUCCCUACCUAUUUCUGGACGCCCGGAAUCGAAGGAUCAUUUAGAGCAGUACCUAGAUCAGAAGAUCAGAGAUUAUGUUGGAGGUGACUUGAGUGAAGAAGACUUUGCUAAGCUAUCUAAAUAUUGUAGUCCAAACCAUCUUAAAACUGGUAGGGAACUUACAAUGGAUACAAAUAUCCCAUCACUGGGUUUCCUGCCUUUUAAAAAGGAUGAUAAAGAGUGUGAAGGAGGUAACAAACUUAAUAUUGUUAAGAAGUUUAAGUUACGAGUUGAGAAAGACAAGACAAACUUGUUUGUGAAGAAGUUGAAGUACAGAGGAAUGAGAUUAUUGCCACUUACUACUGAGGAUGAAGAUAGUACAGAGACAAAUGGAACACCACUUGAACCAGGGAAAGAUAUAUUGUAUAGAGUACGCUUCUACAGACCGUUUAUGGGUGGCAAAGAAAGAAAUAACACCCGGCACUCAGUGUUCACAUGCGACGUGGUGGUGAGCGGACAGAGCCGGCUGUCGGAGCUGCGCGAGCGCAUCGUGUGCGCUAACGACGUGGAUGUGCGCGUCGACGUCUCCGAUAAUCCCAAUAACUUGCCGCAUGCCACUGCCAAGGAGCUGUUUCCAUCAGGGUUCAUGUUCAUAAACAACGUGUUCUACGUAGACGAGGGCGAAGGCCGCGUGGACUACUCGGAGCCCAUCCGCGCCUGGGCGCAGCGCCGCGGCCUCGGCGACUUCCCCAAGCUGGACAUGCACCGCGUGCGCCUGCAGGACCUCGUGCUGCGGCUGGGACAUCCUGAGGUGUACGUGCACCAGGGCAACUGCGAGCACCUGCUGACGUUCUCGGAGGUGCGGCUGGGGGGCCCGCGCGAGGCGCUGCGCGCGCCGCAGCUGCCGCGCCACACGGCCGUGCUGCAGCACCAGACGGUGUACUGCACCACGUGCGCGGAGUUCGGCGCCAAGUGGGUGGUGGUGGGCUGCCGGCGCGUGCCCUUCGACCCCGCCUUCUUCUGCGACACCUGCUUCACGCUGUACCUCUACAUCGACGGAAAGAAGAUUGGCGACUUCAAGGCCUACUCCUACAGAGGUAAUGAGAUUAACACUUUGAAACCGCUCGGUUAAUAAAUUAUUUCUAUUGA